CCCGGUAUGAAACUAUCUAAGCUGCUUUUACUGAUUUCUAUGGCUAACUUGAUACCUAUAGAACUGAAUCCUUGGGUUCUACUAGAGUACGAAGGAAUGGAAGUGUUGGGAGAUCUAGCUACCAAUUAGGACGCUCGCUUUAGUGUUUUCCUUGAAUGAAAAUAUUCGAACUCUGCUUUAUAUCAUGACUGCGACUUUCUUUUCCUUUUCAUGUCAGUGACCAUGAUGGUGGUCCAUGCCAAGACCUUUGGUUAUGGUUAAUCUGUGCAACUUCGAGAGAGGAAAGCGACUCAACCUUUCUCAAGAGCUUUAAUGCGUCUAAUUGGUAUGAAAGUCUGAACCUAAGCUGGCAGUCCAGGUGCUAUUGAGAAGAAUUAAAUGCCCAUUUCACUCACUAUCGCCCCCUCUGCAGCAAUCUGGUAAGCUUGAUAGAUCACAUUUAUGCAAUGCAUAGAUUGACAGAACGAUUUAAGAGCUCGUAGCUCCACACAGAGAAGCCGACUAUUACCGCUCAGUCGAAAGUUUGACUGUCGGAAAUCACAUCUUAGACAUCCUCUGCAAGCAGAUGGAAUGCUGUGCAUUCCACAGCAGGAUGAUGACCGGAGUGAGGCCGGGAAAUAAACUCCAUGUCGGGGACUCGGCGUCAUCAACCCACAUAUGAGUAGCAUCAUCGCACAUAUAAAAGAAAACGGCAAAAGCGCAACUGGUGAUGGAUGCACUUGUACCUUGUUUACGUGUUCGUGAAGGAAACUUGAUCCAUCCCCUGUAAGUUGUUUUUAGGCGGCCAGUCCCGUCCCAUGUGCCAGGGCCAUCAGCCGCCGCUCAUUCGCCGACACGCUAGGAAAUAGUGGGGGCACACUUUACCAGCCACCACCCAGAAUCCCAAUUUGACCAAAACACCGGAUCACCAGCCUCCUCCAGCAAUCCAGGGUUCUGGUCCUUAAGGGUCGGGAGGUUCGACAUGGGCUGGUAUUUCUAAAGAUCUGUUGUCUCUUCACAUCCAAGACAAAAUCUUACAACUUCAGCACUUUGCGUUGUCAAGAUCAAUACUUUUGUACGCUCCAGCCCAUCGUCUGAUCGAGCCAUAAUCAGGCGAAGCCAAGCCCAUUCCAGUUACCAACUCGCACUAUCGAUAAGCUGUCAGCCAGCUGUCACGAUAAGCUACAGCACAGUAGUGCCCCUCCUCGGCUCCAGGGUUUCAUCUUGAUCUCCCACGCAUUCCAGACCAUCACAAUAUUCAGCUGAAUCAAAACUUCCACCGCUGUACUACUCGACUCGGCUCGACCUCACCUUCGUUUCCUUCACGAGUCCCUCUGUCCUCGGUGAUCUACGAAACAAACAAAAAGGCCUCCACCCGCAAUCGGCCCCAUCCGAUCUCCGUUCCACGAUCCCACGAAAACCACAAGAUUCGUCACUCCCUGUGUAUUUGCGACACGGCGUGCGACAGUCGACCGUGUAUCCUUGCACAAGGCCAAUUUUGCAUGAACAAAACCCGGAAGCGAGUCUAUACUUCCCUCGAAAUAUAGAUAUCGGAACUGCUGGAAAGGGGAGUCGCGACCAGGCUAUACGAGGGACGAUUCAUGCGAAAGGACCGCUGCGCAUUCUAACUGAACAAUGCUUCACCCUUCCCCAACAAAGACAAAGACAUCGACUGUAUCCCUUACACCCAACAGCAUUCCAAGUACUAUCACUAACCCAAAACAUCACGCCAAUACUGCGAGGAGGACCAUAUCUGCGAGAGACAUAUCUGCAGCUACGAGUCGCAAUUCCAGUGGGCAGGUAUGGGCAGAGGAUUAUUGCUCAUUUGAUAUUGGCGGAUCGAAUUCAGGGGAAGAGGACUCGGGAAUACCUGCACCACCUCCAGCAGCAACACUCACUUCGACGCCUUCUCCAUUACCUUCAGAGGAAGAAGAAUCACAGCCCGUGAGACAGCCACGGACACACCAGCGCUCGCUGACAGCAUUAUUACCAUUUCGAACGAAUACCGCCGGUCCAGAGAGUCCUACCAAGGUGGACAUUGAGGGCGACUUCAUGCCUACAUUGACGGGAGAUAAGGAGGGCGUCAUCAAGAUCGCAGACAGAAGGGGAGGACUCAGUUCGUGGUUCACCGGAUCCUCAGCACCGAUGACAGUUGGAGUUCCCAUCAUGGAGCCCGAAACGACGACAUCUCGGGACGGAAGUCCACAACGACCAGCAGCAAAGCUACAGAAGAGACCGACAGAAUCAGCAACCCCCACGCGGACGAACACAGGCGGAAUGUUCGGUUUCUUCUCACCAAAAUCACCAUCGAGAUCCCCCAAAACCGUUCAAAUACCCGCAGAGCUCAAUGACGACGAAUUCCUCACCCUCGACGUAACAACAGCACUAUUCCCCUCCGGCGAACCCUCAGCACAAGACCCAUUCUCCCCCGCCGCAUUCAAGAACCUCCUCAUCAAUGCCGAAGGUCUCCUCCUCAAACUCCAAACAGCAUACAAACUCCGCACGCUCUCCCUACACGAACUGUCCGCCGAAAAGGACGCCAUGAGCGAGGAAUUGGAAGAGGCGGAGACACGAGCGAAAUGUUUGAAGAGCCAGCUGGACGACAUGGCGCAUCAGAUGUCCGUGAAGGAUACCGCGAUAGCAGAUCUUGCUGCUGAACUCGCAGUGGAGAAACAGGCACGCGCAGAAGAGAAGCUCGCGCGCGAGCAAUCCAUCGCGCUCGUAAAGGCUAGAGCAGACCGCGACAUGAAGCGUGGCUCAAACAGCAACAUCUCCAUCAAUAGCACUGGCGAAGAUCUCGGCAUCUCAUCCGGAGGCAGGAGAAACCGAAGUAGUGGAGCUUCCUCCGCGCUCAGCACAGACGGAGAAAGCGGUUCAGAGUUCGAAGCCGAUUCCGUCUUCUCGCGAAGUCGAAGCCCGACCUUCACGAUGAGUAGUGUCAGUGUAGCAGGCACGAUGGAUAGCACUCCUGAGAUUAUGCAGGCGAGCUUUGCGCGCGUGGUGCCUAAUCCGGGACAGAAUCCAGGACGACCCAAAUUGACGCAGCAGAGAAGUACGUUCCAGAAGAUCUUGUCGGGGAUGGGCGGUGCGGCUACUGCAGGAGAAGAGGUAGAGAGUGAGAGUGAGAGGGAAAGGGAUCCGCUUGAGGGUAUUGGCAUGGGUGAGGAGGGGUGUAGCAAUUGUCGUGGGAAGGACGCCAGUGUGGCGUGGGAUACGGUCGGGCUGAUGAGGGCGGAGAAUAAGGGGUUGAAGGAGAGGGUGGGGAGUCUGGAGGCUGCUGUUGAGGGGGCUCUGGAUUUGUGUAAUGGCUUGGGUUGAGGACCUGUAUGUACACUUUUCCGAUUUGGCGACUUUCAUUGCAAAGUUUGGAUUCGGGAGUGGAGUGGAGUGGAGUGGAGUACAUUUAGAUAUAGAUUGGCUACACUGGCAUGGCACGGCGCUUCGCCAGUUCUGUACAUAUACCUGGCUUGGAUCCAGAUCCAGAUCCGGGGUUCUCUUGGGAAGGGCUUUGGAUGGACUGGACGAGGGUGGGAUUGGAUUUUGCAUCUAGUACUCUUACACUGGCAUUGGUAUACCCUGGUGGUUGGUUCAUUGGCUUCCUGUUUCCUGCUUCCUGGUCUGCACUCUGGAGGCCUCUACGAGUAUAGAGUAGCUAGCUAUGGCUUACAGAUGCAGAUGCAGAUGCAGAUGCAGAUUGCAGAUAUAGAAUAUAGAAUAUUGCUAGAACAAUUGGAUUGAGAAUUGAAUAUAGCGGAUAUAUCAUUACCUCCGUACGGAGUUACCGUAUAGAAUGGAAUGGAAUAGAACUGGACUGGACUGAGCGUGUAUGAAGGUCUUUAUCUGUUUGUCUUCUUGUAUGUCUGCCUUUCUCGUCGUGAGUGAGUGAGUGAGUGAGUGAGUCAGAUUCGUGAGAUUUGGAUCAGAUCAGAUCAGCGAAAUUCUAUGUGUAGGUAGGUAGGUAGGUAGGUAGGUAGGUAGGUAGGUAGUGUAGGUAUCUUUCUUUCUUCCUUUCUUUCUUUUUGCUCUUCCUACCAAACCUGAGUCUUUGACAUCCAUGAUAUUCACGCCUGUAUCUAUCUUAUCUAUCUAUCUCCUGCUUCAUCAUUAUAAAGUAAUUCGCCG